AUGCUUCAACCAGUGGAACGAUAUGAAAAGCAACGGGUUCUUGGGCAGGGUACCUACGGUGUGGUGUAUCUGGCGAUCGAUCGCUGUACUGCGCAGCCUGUGGCACUCAAGAAAGUUCGCCUCGCGGACUACACAGCAGGUCUGUCGAUGACAGCGUGGCGAGAGUUGCGCCUUCUACCAGAACUGGGUGGCCAUCCGAACGUCAUCGCGCUCCUGGACGUAUUUAGCACCAAAUCUUCGGAGCUGUACCUGGUCUACGAGUACUGCGAAACCGAUCUGGAGCAUUUGAUCACCGAGCGUAACCUCAUGUUGAGUCAGGGCGACAUCAAAAGCUGCCUCCGGCAGCUGCUGGAGGGCGUCGCGGCCUGCCACGAAAACUGGGUAUUGCACCGGGACCUCAAGCCGAGCAACGUACUGGUUACUACCGACGGGGUGCUGAAACUGGCUGAUUUUGGACUCGCUCGCGUCUAUGCUGAACCGGACCUCGGAACAGAGGGCGGGCGCCGAAUGACCCAUCAGGUGGUGACGCGAUGGUACCGAGCACCAGAGUUGCUCUUCGGGGCGACCGCUUACGGGCCCGCGGUCGAUAUCUGGGCCGUUGGAUGCAUAUUCGCGGAGCUCAUGCGCCGUGUACCCUUUCUGCCUGGACAGAAUGACCUUGACCAGCUGGGGAAGAUCGCGGCAACCUUGGGAGCGCCCACUCCGGACCAGUGGCCCGGAGUGGAUGCCUUGCCCGCGUACCUUCCGUUCAAGUCGGUCCAGCGACAGCCGCUGGCGGACUUGUUUCGCGCAGCCCCGCCCUCAGCCAUUGAUCUGCUGUCGCGGAUGCUUGCACUGAACCCCAACGAGCGUAUUUCAGCGCGAGAUGCGCUGGAACAUGCAUUCUUCCAUACGGGUGCAGCGGAGAGCGACCCGCGCGAGCUUAUGGUUCGAUGGCGGAAAGCACAAGCCCAUCGAAGAGCGGCGAAAACGGAGCGACACUCCUAG